ACGUUGGACUGAAUUCAGCUCUGGAUUGGCCUUUCUAUCUUAUUUUAGAGUCAGUGCAGUUAGUUGCACUCCAGCCGUUGUGAACGGUGUCAAAUAGAAUUCAGAAAUAAUUAUACAAGCGGGUGCAAAUAUUUGAAUUAAGGGUAGCAAAGAUGGCGGAUAGGAUAUAUUAUCCAAAUGCUGAGCUUGCAAGAACAGCAUAUUGCAACAGUAUGGAACAGUUUAAACAAAUGCAUGAAAAAUCUAUUAAGCAUCCAGAAGAAUUUUGGGGUGAAAUAGCAAAACAAUUUUACUGGGAAACAACUUCUCCAAAUGACAAAUUUUUUUCUUACAAUUUUAACCGUAACGACGGUGAUAUUUUUAUUAAAUGGAUGGAAGGUGCAUCAACGAAUAUUAGUUUCAAUCUUCUAGAUAAAAACGUUAAAUGUGGAAAUGGUGAUAAAAUCGCAUUUUAUUGGGAAGGUAACGAUAUUGAAGAUUAUUCACGAUUGACUUACCGAAAAUUGCUUGAAGAAACUUGUAAAUUCGCCAACGUCCUCAAAUCUAAAGGUGUUCAAAAAGGUGAUCGAGUAGCAAUUUAUAUGCCAAUGAUUUUAGAAUUGCCAAUUGCAAUGCUUGCCUGUACUAGAAUUGGCGCCGUCCAUAGUGUUAUUUUUGCUGGUUACUCAUCGGAUUCGUUAGCUGAAAGAGUGUUGGAUUCUAAAGCCAAGGUUUUAUUAACGGCGGAUGGUGUUUGGCGUGGUCCAAAAUUUUUGAACCUAAAAUCAAUUUGUGAUCAAGCAAUGGCUAAAGUUAAAUCUCAUGAGCAUAAGGUGGAAUCUUGUAUUGUUGUAUCACAUCUACGGCGUGUGACCAGUCCUCCAGGAAACACAUCAGACGGGGAGAAAACAAAAAAUAUUAACAACGGCACUACUAAUGGAAAGAGCAAUGAAAUGGAUCUUUCUUGGGAUGACGACCGCGAUUGUUGGUGGCACGAAGAAAUGGAAGAUGCCGAAGCAAGUUGUUAUCCAGUUUGGGUUGCAGCUGAAGAUCCUCUUUUCAUUCUUUACACUAGUGGCUCAACUGGGAAACCAAAAGGCGUUCUUCACACCACCGCUGGUUACUUAAUUUACGCUGCCACAACAUUUAAAUACGUUUUUGAUUAUAAACCAAAUGAUAUUUAUUGGUGUACUGCGGAUAUUGGUUGGAUUACGGGCCAUACAUAUGUAGUGUACGGCCCAUUAGCUAAUACUGCAACUUCAGUAUUGUUUGAAGGGACACCAUUUUACCCACAUAACGAUAGAUACUGGUCAGUGAUAGAAAAAUAUCAAGUUUCACAAUUUUACACAGCACCGACAGCCAUCAGAAGUCUAAUGAAAUUUGGAGAUGAUUUAGUAAAAAAAUAUAAUCUUAGGUCCCUUAAGGUUCUUGGGUCAGUUGGAGAACCAAUUAAUUCUGAGGCUUGGUUGUGGUUUUACAAUUUAAUUGGUCACGGUAAGUGUAGUAUUGCAGAUACAUUUUGGCAAACAGAAACUGGAGGACAUGUCAUAACACCACUUCCGGGAGCUACGCCAAUGAAACCUGGAUCAGCAACAUUUCCAUUUUUUGGUGUACUCCCAGAACUUUUAAAUGACGAUGGUAAAAUAAUAGAAGGUGAAGGUGAAGGAUAUUUAGUCUUCCGACAGCCUUGGCCAGGUAUGAUGAGAUCACUUUAUGGAAAUCACGAACGCUUUGAGACUACAUAUUUUGAUAAAUUUAAUGGUUUCUACUGUACAGGAGAUGGGGCAAGACGUGAUGCUGAUGGUUAUUUUUGGGUUACUGGUCGAAUUGAUGACAUGCUUAACGUUUCCGGACACCUCAUGUCAACAGCUGAAGUAGAAAGUGUUUUAGCUGAACAUACAGCAGUUGCUGAAGCGGCAGUUGUCAGUAAGCCUCACCCAAUAAAAGGGCAAUGUCUAUACUGUUUUAUUACAACUAAUGAGGGAAAAAACUUUGAUAAACAAUUGCAAGACGAACUUAAAAAAAAAAUAAGAGAACGGAUUGGACCAUUUGCACAACCGGAUGUUAUUCAACAUGCUCCAGGUCUACCUAAAACACGCUCAGGAAAAAUAAUGCGAAGAAUACUUAGGAAAAUUGCAAUUGGUGAUCGUAAUGUAGGAGAUACUUCAACUUUAGCUGACGAGAGCGUUGUUGACUUACUUUUUAAAUUGAGGCCAAGUGCUUGAAUAAAUUAAGAGAAAAUUAGUAAAAAAAUGGAUAAAAGUAUAAUUAAAAACCAAAAUUACCACUAACUUCAUAAAACAUUAUAUAAAAUAUAAAACAUUUAAUUUUUCUAGUAAUUUUUUCAUUUGACGAAUUUUUUAAUUUGCACCCAAAGAGUUUAUAGAAAGUUAUUUGAAAACGUAAAUAUAGCAUUGUAUGUUUAAAUUUAUUAAAAUAACGCUCAGUAACGAGUUUAAAUUUAUCAUUCAGAUCGAAGCAAUUAUAGUAAUUUCAUCUAUUGACAUAUAAUUUAAGAAAAAAAUCAGAUUAAAUGUUUUUUUUUUUUUGCAAUUUCCCUUAUUUUUUAUCAAUUUCGUUUUUUAAUGAAACAUUUAUAAUUUUAAUAAAACCCUGAUUAAGAAAAAUGAUUUGCUCGAUGUUAAGUGUAUAUCUAUAUAUUAGUCGAUUCAAAUUGUUUUAAAUCAUUUCAAAUUGUUUUUAAUCAUUCCAAAUCAUUUUUCGUAAUCAGGAAAAUUAAGAAAGUGAACAAUGAAAGUAAUACCCAUAUUCCUUAUAAACGACACAAUAUUUAUUAUUAAAGAGAUAAACUUAUUAUAAAAAAAAAAAAUAUUUAAUGUUGAGUAAAAAAGUAUUUAAAAAAAAAAAAAAUUGUUAUAAUAACAAUAAAAAUGAAGAUAUAAAAAGUUUAUAAGAAAAAAUACGCACUAACAUCAACGCACGUUAAUUAUUUGAAUGAAAUUUUUCAGAAACAAUUAUGUGGGGGAAAGUGAAGCACAGUGAAAAUAUUACACUUUAUCUGUUUUUAAUUAAUAUUCGAAGUAAUUUACUGAUUUCUAAAACAAUCAGUUAUAAAUCAGUGAAUCACUUCAAACGCUUUAUAAAACCAGAUAGGAAUAUCACAGUUAGUAACACUAUGUUAUCUUUCACCUUUCCCAAUAUAUAUAUAUAUAUAUAUAUAUAUAUAUAUAUAUAUAUAUAUAUAUAUAUAUAUUCAUGUGAGGGUGCGUCAUUUCGGAACAACAUUUUUUUUUUAAGUGCACGUGGCAAAAAUCAUAGUUCAACACAAAAAAAAAGUUUUAGCGCAAGAAAAAAAAUUCUAUGUCGACUACAGACCCAGCUCAUUGAAAAAUUUUCCAUUUAAAUAACACGGGAAAUUUUUUUUUUAGCUUUAAGUAUUGUUAAAUCUUUAACAAAUCAAUAGAUCGAAUAGACUAAUACAUGUUUUUGUCGGAAAUUGAACGCUCUAUAAAAAAGGUCUCAUAUCGUUUUUUGAUAAAUCCAUCUGUUCAAAAGUUAUUAGAGCUCGAAGUAAAGUUGUAGAUCUUUUUACUUUUCCGGUGAAACAAUCAGAUUUAUCACAAAAUCUUAUAAGGUCUUUUUUGUUGACAAUUUUAUUUUCUAAAAAUUAUUAUGAGUCAAGUUUUUUUAAAUUCCGCAUUGUUUUCUUGUUAGUUUCAUUUUAAUUUCAAGCUCUUAAAAAAGUGGUUCUGAUCGAUUUCAAGAGCUCGACAUUAAAAUGGAAACAACUACUCUUGUAGGAAAAAAAAUAUUGACAACGGGGCCGGCCUUGGCACAAUACUGGGCUACCGAGGCUCGGCCUUCCAAGGUUGGUCCGGGAUCCGACCAACGUUCAAGUGACGAGCCUUGGUUCGCCAGCCUUAAGCCAAGAUUCAGCCAAUACUCAAGUGACAAGUCUUGGCUUGCCAGUUUUGGGCCAAAAUUCAACAGAAAUUUAAUUGACAAGCCUUGGUUUGCCAGUCGUGGGCCGAUAUCCAACAGACAUUUAACUGUCAAAUCUCCGUUUGCCAGCCUUAGGCCGAGAUUCAGCCAAUACUCAAGUGACAAGUCUUGGCCUGUUAGUCUUGGGCCAAGAUUCAACAGAAAUUUAAUUGACAAGCCUUGGUUUACCAAUCGAAAUAACAAAUGGUACCUAAAAACGUCUGGCUUCUGUGAAUAGCGUAGCAGCCUAGUGGAUAAGACGCUUGCCUACCAGCCUUGAAGGACCAGGUUCCAGACCCAGCAAAUGCAAAAAAAAAUUAGUUUCAUCGAUCCACCUGAUUUCUCCGUGUACAAAUUUAUUUCCAUAUCUUACCAUCAUGCACAUGUCUACCAAUAUUUUUUUUUUAAUUUAUUUUUAAUAAGCAUAGGUGUUUAUUUAGCAACAGUCGUAGCACAAUACUGGCCCUCGAUAUUGGUCCAAUACUUAGAUGUAGUCUUGGCACAGCGUUGUCACUCAAGCUUGGCUCGGUGUUAUCAUUUCGAUGCUUAGACAGAUUUGGGCGAAGCUUGGAUUUUAAGCUUUCCCCAGAGUUGAUAAGUCUUGUGCCAAGCCUCGGCCAAGCUUGGGGCUAAUGUUUCUUCCUAUAAAGAUAGAAAACAAUGCGGAAUUCCAAAAAUUUGUAGAGAACAAAAUUGUCAACAAAAAAGACUUUAUAAAAUUUUGUGAUGAAUUUGAUAGUUUCACCGAAAAAGUAAAAAAUAUCUCUAACUUUACUUCGAGCUUCAAUAACUUUUGAACAGGUGGAUUUAUCGGAAAAUGAUAAGAGACCUUUUUUGUAGAGCGUCCAAUUUCCUACAACAAUAUGUAUUAAUCUAUUCGAUUCAUCAAUUUGUUAAGGAUUUAAAAGUACUUAAAUCUAAAAAAAAAAUUUUUCCCGUGUUAUUUAAAUGGGAAAAUCGAAUUUUUCAUUGAGCUAUGUCUGUAAUCAACAUGGAAUUUUUUUUCUUGCGCACAAAUUUUUUUUGUGUUGAACUAUGAUUUUUUCCACAUGCACUUAAAGAAAAAUGUUGUUCCGAAAUGACGCACCCUAACAAAUAUAUAUAUAUUUGUUAGGGUGCGUCAUUUCCGGUGAAAGUAUUUUUUUUGUUGCUCAUCAAGCAAAAUAUUGUUUUUUAUGCUGAAACGAAAAUUCCUGCCAAGCUUGAAUUGACCUUUUAAACUUAAGUUUUUGAGCUCAAACUUGAUGAGAUUUUUUUUUAACAUACAGUAACAAUCCGAAGGGUAAAAUUGCAAAAAUAAAAAUAUAAAUGUAUAUAUUCAUUGUAUACAUAUAUAAUUAACUAUACUUUUGCGUCGUUCUCAAUUUAAAUAAAACGACGCGUCGCAUACAUAUCAUUUUGUUCAACAAAACUCUUAGAUAUAAUAUCUAUAAACUAAUUGAUAGGCAUUCAAAAUAAAAAUAUACAAAAUACAAUAUUUUAUUGCAUAAAUAAGUUUUAUGCUAACAAAUGUAUAUAAAACAUGUUAAAACUUCAAUGAUAAUUAAAUGUAAUACAAAGUUGAAUCGUCUAAUUAUUUUUCCGUUCAUUUAUAUUAGCCAAUAAAAAACUUAUACGUAUAGUGGUAAAAAAUAAUGUUUAAACUACACAGUAAUAAGGAUUCGUCAAAAUUGAUACUUGCCUCGUGUAAAACGGUCGAUUUACACUUAUUUAUUUUAUUUUAACAUAAGUCGUUUGUGUAGAAAAAGUUACACUCAAGAAUGUUAAAAGUAACACACACACUCAGAGAAAAAUCCAGUAAAUCUAACUAUAAAAUGACAGUUAAAUAGCGCUUCAACUAUUUUUUGAAGUUAUUACAACACCAAUACAUAGUCAUUAUAAAUAUCUCUAAAUAGUUAUGUUAAAUAUUUUUUAGUUCACUCAACUAUAUAAAUAGUUGACACUUAUUUUAAAAAGUGGUUCGGUUUGCACUUAAAAUUAGUGAAUUUUCACCAAUUUCACUUAUUCAUGUUUACAGAGUAGCAUGGGGGUAGAAUUUGUACCUUAUGAAAAAAAAAAUUUUUUUACUUUUAACAUUUUCAGGUAGCCCACUCGUUUUUUAAAUAAAUAAUUGAUCAAACGAGUGGUUCUAACGAAAAAAAAUUUUUUUUGUCCAAAAUCGUGGAAAACAUCUUAUAAUUGUCAAAUGUGAUUUUUUUUUCUCCACUUUCAUUUUAAUUCAAAAGAAAAUGCAUUUUAUUUUUGGAUUUUUUACUUAAAUCACAAAAAUAAUAGGAAAGAAAUUUUUUCAACUUCUGACUUUCAAUUAGAUUUCGACGGAACACCCUACAGAUUCUAGAACACCAUUUUUAUAUUUUUUACUACCUCCCGUUCUCAAGUUAUUCGAAGUUGGGUUUUGUACGUUCAAUUUAAUAUUAUUGAAUUUUUAUUACUGUUUAUAUUGUGUUGAUAUUGUUCAUUAAUUAAUUCUGUUGUUAUUGAUUAAUUAUAAAUAAAAAAAUCGGUCUGUCGGUUGGCCCUGUGGGCCAGCCCCAAAACUUCCCGCCCAUUUUGAGCUCCAAAAAUUGUUGUGGAUACAUUUUCGAGCUCUUCGAGCUCGAAAAUACUUUUGUAUGCCUUUGUUUUCGAAAAAUAACGUUUUUUACCAUUUUUUCGACAACGAUUUUUCUCGAACGAAUGAACCGAUUGAGACGUUUAAGGUGUCAAUCGACGCGUUUUAUUGAGUUCAACAACUGAGAAAUAAGGGAGGUUUUUGAGAAAUUUCCGAAAUACUAAAAAAUUUUUUUUUUUUUAAUUCUUUCGUUAACGGUUUCUCUUGGACGAAUAAACCGAUUUUGAUGGUUGAGGUGGCAUUCGACGUGGACUACAAAGUUUCAGAGCUGAUUAGAUUUUGGAAUCAAUCCAUUGAGCUAAUUAAAAGUUACUUGAAAAAAACAUUUUUGAAAACAUUGUAUUUUUGAAAUAUCUCCGAACGUACUCUACCGAUUCAGCUCAAAUUUUCAGUGUUUAUAGUAAAUAAUAAGCCGCGUCGAAUGACACCUCGAAGAUCAAAGUCGGUUCAUCCGUUCAACAGUUACAGAAUAUUUACAUACGUACGUACGUACAUACAUACAUACACUCGGACAUCAUCUUGAAUUUAGUCAGAAUAGCUUCCUUGUUACGUCCUGGAUGACGAACACAAGUUAUUCAGUCCCUUAAUUUUGAGUUAUAACGUUCUCUUCUAUUUCGCGCGUCCCACGGCGGAGUGUAGUUGGCGCUCAAUAGCCGUUAUGGCUCUCCGUUGGUCGAAAACUGAAAAUAAAAUAAACCCAGAACCAAAUAUCCCACCUGGAGAUGUCUUGAACCUCCCUGGACUGGCUGCUCUGCUCAGGCUGGGUUAGAAAACCUAGUUGGGCGCCAGUUCGUGUGCCCCACGAACAAAAUUAACUCGAAAUAACACAACGGAGAAAAUGAAAAUGAAAAUAAAAUAAGAUGACAGGAUAGCGAUUUCAGAUUUAGGAAAAAGGAUAGCAAGAAAGAUAGCAGUAAUUAAAAUAAUAAAAUUAAAUAAAUACCGGGUUGAUGACCAUUUGCUUUAAUUAUCCAUCAAUUACUUAAAAUAAUCAGUCAAUAUAUAACGCAUACUCACAUACAUAAUGUCCAAAAAACAAUAAUAAAUCACUUACAAAAAAAUAAUAGUAAUAGUAUGCGCAUAUAAACUUAAUUCAAAUAAUAAUACUAUUGCAUAAACAAUAAAUGUAUUGUAAAACAUAUAGCUAUUAAUAAUUAAUAGUCUCACUCACACGUGAACAUAAACAAAUGUAAAUUAGGAAAUAAUAGAUAAAUAAUCUUGGAUAAGAAUUUGAAGUAUUUCCCAAUACAACUUCCCAGUAAAUUCCAAUGGUGAAUUUACAGUAUUUCAAAAUAAUUCUGUUUUGAACGCAAAUAAUAAAAUAAUUAUUUGAUGAAUCAACUCACAAAUAAAUAUAAUAAUACUUCAAAUUAACAAUAAUUAAUAACUCAAUUUAAUAAUACUUAAUACGCAAAGUAAUAAUAAUUCAUAAUCAAUAUUCAAAUAAAUAAUAAUUAAUAAUUCAAGUUAGGAAUAAUCAAUACGCUAAAUAAUACUAAUUCGUAAGCAAUAUUCCGUUGAAUAAUAAUUAAUAAAUCAAAUCAAUAAUAAUUCAUAAAUAAUACUCAAAUAUUGAAUAAUUUCACUGACUGUAUUUGUGUUCACUGGGUAUAAUAUUCACGCAUUCCACUAUAUGCUUAUGACCAGUUACUGAUACUCAGAAUUCUCUGUCUCUCUUACUCUUAUGCUAUAUACAAAUGAUCACCAACUCGGGAACCAAAAUUACACGCCAAUGUAUUAGCCAAAAAGUACUUACAGUUUAC